GGGAGGGGAGGGGGAGCAGAGGUCCCUGUUCUAGCCAGGGGAUUGGGCCCUAAUACAGUGGGUCAGGGGAGAGCCUGGGAAUUGAGAGCUGGAAAAGGAGAGGUGCCGGGGGACCCAAGGAGCCAGGAGCUGGAGAGGAAGCUACGAAGUAUGAAGAAGGGGACAAGGGUCAGAGCAAUACCUGCGUGGGCAGCGGAAGCACAGGUCUAGGGGCCUGGGUAAUGGGGCUGGCACCUGGCGGCCUGGAGGGCGUGGGAGGGGACCGGAGUUUGAGUGAAAUAAGCAAUGAGGGGAUGGAGCCAGGGGAGGAGGGUGGGAACAACAAGAGAAGAGAGGCACUGGCUCCCCGCGGGCUGUGAGCCGGAGCUGGUCCUAUGUCGUCUUGUAGAGAAGGCCCCGGGGCAUUGGUUGCAGAGACCCGAGGCCGGCUUUAAGAGUUUAGGAACGAGUGGGGAAGCGUGACGGCCUAGAGGGUUUGAGGGAGAAGAGGAGGUGCGGUCGCGCUAGGUAUCUCCCUUUCUACACUCAGGGCCUCCAGCUCUGAGCCCGGCACCGGGCGGCCCACGUGCUUGCGAGCAAAGAGGGUCCCCAAAGUUCUCCACUGAGACAGAGAGAGAGAGAGACUGCACGAGACGGAGACGUAGAGAGAAAAGAGGAGGAGAAGGAGAGACACAGAGAGGGGAGGAGGGAGGACGAGACUCAGGAAAAUGCGGAAGACCCGGGAGAGAGAGGAGAUGCUGAAGCCGCUGGUGGAGAAGCGGCGCCGGGACCGCAUCAACCGCAGCCUGGAAGAGCUGAGGCUGCUGCUGCUGGAGCGGACCCGGGACCAGACCCCCUCUGGCUCUCAGAACGCGAUCUUCUUCGCCAUCCCCGGGUCUAACCUCCGGAACCCGAAGCUGGAGAAAGCAGAGAUACUGGAGUUCGCCGUGGGCUACUUGAGGGAUCGAAGCCGGGUGGAGUCCCCGGGGGUUCCCCGGUCCCCAGCCCAGGACGCCGAGGCGCUCGCCAGCUGCUACCUGUCCGGCUUCCGCGAGUGCCUGCUCCGCUUGGCGGCCUUUGUGCACGACGCCAGCCCGGCCGCCCGCGCCCAGCUCUUCUCCGCGCUGCACGGCUACCUGCGCCCCAAACCGCUCCGGCCGGAGCCGGGAGAUCCGAGGCCUCCAGUGCCGCGCCCACCGCUGGACCCCGCCGCACCCGCCCUUGGCCCCGCGCUGCACCAGCGCCCCCCAGUGCAUCAGGGCCCCCCUAGCCCGCGCUGCGCAUGGUCCCCAUCCCUCUGCUCCCCUCGCGCCGGGGAUUCCGGCGCGCCGGCGCCCCUCACCGGACUGCUGCCGCCACCACCGCCGCCUCACAGACAAGACGGGGCGCCCAAGGCCCCGCCGCCCCCGCCGCCCGCUUUCUGGAGACCUUGGCCCUGAGCUUUGGGGGCGGUGGAGGCGGGGGCUGGGGGUGGGGUAGAGACUCCAGCCCGUGGGCAGCAGAGGGACCCGGGCAUCCGGGCGAGGAGGUGUUGGGGAGGGUGGCGGGGCGCGCGGGCUCAGCGCGCGGGUGAGAUGUGGUCUAUAUUAGAGUAUCUAUAUAAAUAUAUAUUUCCCUGGUUCCUGUCCCUUCUCCCUGACCCCUUCCCCUUUGCGUCUAGGAUUGUACCCUUUUUGCUCUCGGCCCAGUCCCAGUCCCUUUACAAGUCCCUAGUGCAUGGAAUAAAGUGGUUAUUAAAUCCCCGUGUGUCCCCGAGCCAGGGGCCUGCCUUUAUCUCGACGUCCACGCCCACUUUCCCUUCCCUUCUGUCUCCCACCCCCAGUCCUGCUCUCCAUGGCCCAAGCUCCGGGGCAGACAGGUAAGUAAAGAAGAGAGCAGAGCGGAGACUGAGGUUGGAACUGAAACCAGGAGGAAAACACAGAUAGGGUAGGGGACGAAGGGAUGGGAGCCUUUGAGAAAAAACCGGAUAAAAAGGAAAGAAAAAAAUUCAAAUAAAAUCGACUCUGGUGGGAUUCGAACCCACAACCUUUGAA